GGGGCGGGGCGCCCGGGCGCGAUGCGGUGAAGGGCGCGCGGCGCGGCGGCCGCGAUGAGUGCGUCUGCGGCCACGGGGGUCUUCGUGCUGUCCCUCUCGGCCAUCCCGGUCACCUACGUCUUCAACCACCUGGCGUCCCAGCACGAUUCCUGGACAAUUGUAGGGGUUGCUGCCCUCAUCCUGCUGCUGGUAGCCCUGCUGGCUCGUGUCCUUGUCAAAAGAAAGCCACCCCGGGACCCGCUGUUCUACGUGUUUGCAGUUUUUGGAUUUACCAGCGUGGUGAACCUCAUCAUAGGACUGGAACAAGAUGGGAUCAUCGACGGGUUCAUGACGUACUAUUUGAGAGAGGGCGAACCGUAUCUGAACACCGCAUAUGGGCACAUGAUCUGCUACUGGGAUGGCUCUGCUCAUUAUCUGAUGUACCUGGUGAUGGUGGCAGCCAUAGCAUGGGAAGAAAGUUAUAGAACCAUUGGCCUCUAUUGGGUUGGAUCUAUUAUUAUGAGCAUUGUUGUUUUUGUGCCAGGAAACAUUGUAGGAAAGUAUGGAACACGAAUUUGCCCUGCUUUUUUCUUAAGCAUACCAUAUACUUGUCUUCCUGUUUGGGCUGGUUUCAGAAUCUAUAAUCAGCCAUCAGAAAAUUAUAAUUAUCCCUCAAAGGUUGUUCAAGAAGCCCAAGCAAAGGACCUGCUGAGAAGACCCUUUGAUUUAAUGUUGGUCAUGGGCCUCCUCCUGGCAACUGGAUUUUGCCUGUUCAGAGGCUUGAUUGCUUUGGAUUGCCCAUCUGAGCUCUGCCGAUUAUACACACAACUCCAAGAACCCUACCUGAAGGAUCCUGCUGCUUAUCCUAAAAUUCAGAUGCUGGCGUAUAUGUUCUAUUCUGUCCCUUACUUUGUGAUUGCGCUUUAUGGCUUAGUGGUUCCUGGAUGUUCCUGGAUGCCUGAUGUCACGCUGAUACACGCUGGAGGUCUAGCUCAGCGAAUACUUGGUUAUGAAAUGGAUUCUCACCUCAGGGGGGUACCUGAUACAGUCAUCAUAAGAAGCACUCUCUGUAAUCUUGAUCAGCACCCUUGCUUGCUGAAACUGCCAUUCCUAAUUCAGAAGCCUUAUGCAUUCAUGAUCCCAACUAAUUUACUAAAACCUGCUUUUAUUUAAAGAUUAGUGAACUCCCAAGAGUCUAUGCAAUUUAACAACAAAAACCACAAAAAACCAACCUUUGAAAAGUUCUAGAUCAGUAUAGAUCAAUGUUGGGUAAUUACUGGGUCCCUGAUUUCAGACCAUGUAGGAAUCUGCCAAAUCUGCUGCCUUCAGAAAUCAAAAAGAUCAAUCCAAAAGUAAAAGAAAAUUGAAUAAAAUAAAAUAAAACCAUUUUAGACCAAAGAGUUCCUUUGGGGACUUAUUUAUAACCCAAUGAUCUUUUCAUGUAAAAUGCUUACCACAGGAUUAAAGCUGCAAGUUUAAUUUGAAAAGCAUUAUAGGCUGCUUAGAUCUACUUAUUAGCAUUUCCUAUCAAUUGGUAUUUUCUAUGCUAAAAUAUCACUGAAAAUGAAAAAAAAAAAUCAGAGCCAGUAUAGUUAAUAUGGUUAAGAGCAUAAGGUCUGGAGGCAGGCUGCUUCCUGCGUGAGCCUGUCACUGAUUAGCACAGUGACCUGGUUACUUUACCUCACUGAUCUUGUUUCCUCUUCUGUGAAGUGAGGACAUACCUUUCUCAGAGCUGCUGUGAGUUAAAUGAGGUAAUAGACAGGAAGGCUUAGAACAGUGCUUGGCACAUAGUAGCUGUGUAACUCUUUGCUGCUGUUAUCAUUAUUGAUAGAAGAUUCCCAGUAAGAAUUUGGAAAAAUGCCUUAUGUUGCUCAAUCUGUAGACAAAUUAACUAAGCGAUGUGUAUAAUUGCCAGAAAAACCAAAGAAAUUUGGAGAAAGCUUUGGGACAGCUUCAGAAAGGGUUUGGCAGGGAGACCCUGAAGCAGGAUCAGUUCCACUUCAGUGAGGCCACACCCCUUCCCACUGGCUGCCCUCAGACCUUCUAACUCCCUGGCUAUGCAGGGCCUUGGUCUGGAGGCUUACAUGUCGAUAAUCUGGUUGUAAAGAGUUGACUCCACUGGAAGCAAAUUUCCCGUUUCAUUUCCUUUAUGAAGACCUUUAAGAAAUAUCUGAGUGUAAAGGUUUAGGAAGAACAUGGAUAACUGGGAUCCUAAUGCAAAUCCCAUUCUACUCAUUUGCUUCUGGUGUGAUUCAUUACUAAAACAUCUUUCUUUAUUCAGUAUUAAAAUUAGACUUUGGGUUUAGCAUCUUUAGGUGCUUAUCCUUUUGUGGAGACAUUGACAAAUGGUCAAGAAGGGUGUCCAAAAACAAAGAGUCCAGGUUUUCAACAAAGUAGAGCACCAGAUCACAAAUAGGGGCUUCAGUUGAGUUUUGUAUUUGUGUCUAUGGAAUAGCCCUAGGUGCCUGGCACUAAGAAUAUCACAAAUAUCAACUCAUUGAACCUUCACAACAACCUAUGAGGUGGGUUCCAUUAUUAUCCAUGUUUACAGAUGAGGAAGCCAGAGGGUUAUAGCUCUUGCCCAAGGCCAUACUGCUGGCGUGCGGUGGAGAUGGGGUUUGACUCUGGUUCCAGAGUCCAUGUUCUGAACCACUAUACUAUGCUGCUCAGAAAACCCUAGGAAAAGAUAGCACAGUUCUGGAUCAGCAACUCACACUGUAUUGGCCAAACAGCCUUUCCUAACUAUUGUCCCAAUGGUCACAUUAGUUUUUGCUUAUAACAUUAACACUGGCACAUAACACUCUUUCAGUUCUUCCUUCUGGAGCUAGGAUUGUGAUUUUUAGUCAUCCUUUCCAGAUUGUCUCUGUAAAUAAAAGAAAACAGAACUAUUAAAAUUUAAGCUUUGUUCACUUUUAUUGUCUUUUCAUUCCAAUCAUCCAUUCUAAAAAAAUCAGAGUAUAUCUUAAUUACUUCUGUAAGAGGUAAGAUGAUUUAGAAUGCAAUAGAAGAAAAAUUAUUAGGAACUCAAACCUCACAUCACUAAAUUUUGGAGAUUUCUGGGAUCCACAUGUUAAUUCAGCAGCACCAAGUUCGUGGAGCCAGCCGACUCCAGAGUCGCGUGCAGGCUGAGCUCCUUAGGUCCUUCGCAGGGAGAUCUGCUGCUGCUGCUGGGGACAUCACCCAGCAGAUAUUGUCGGCCCUUUAUCAGCUGUGUGCUUAGGAAGGGAACCCUUCUCAGGUGAGACUGAGGUUUUUUGAAACUUCAGAACCCUGAACAUUUCACACCACAUGCCUUGGGAGGACACUGUGGCUGGGUGCUCAGCUGCUCGAGGUAUGGCAACCAUUACGCCUGUUAGAACUGUGAGCAGUACUGGGAGCUGCCGAUAACUGGCCUCAGAGUUCUCUCACAUACAAACACCUCUUUUGAUUAGCAAUGUAAUAAUCUUUGCCCUUGUUAAAUAAUUCCAAAUAAAAAGGUCUACUAAAAUAGGUACAAAAAUAGACAAAUGCUUUGUAGACUCUUAUU